AUGAGAGCCUUCACCUAUUUGAGACAAGCCCAGGAGAUUCUGAUCAAGGCCAAUAAGGGAAACCCCACUGGUUUGACGGGUCUGUUUCAGCAUCCAAGUCCUCGUCCAACGCUGAUAACUCUUUACAAGGCCACAUUAAAGAACUUGGAAGAGAAGAUUCCAAAGGAAUCAGUGUACAGAACUGCUGUUGAAGCCUUCACCAAAGAAAGAUUGAGCAUCGUGGAAAACAACGAGAUAAUUGAAGACAUCGAAAAAAAAAUUGGCUCAGGUUUAGUUGAGGAGUUGAUUGUCCAAGCUAAUGAAGAGUAUGAUUUGAUUGACAAGAUGGCUGAAUGGAAAGCGUGGGAAGAGUUGGAAGAAAAACCACUAGAUGACCAGUGGACUUAUUUUGGCAAGAAACUAUAG